GAGAGUGUUGGUGAAGUUAACAUGUGGAGAGACUUCAUCUCCUUCUGGUGAGAUUAUUAACGUACAAUUAAACCAAUUUAACCCAUAUUAUAACCCACAAAUCCCAGCUUUUUAUCGCGACCCUGCUGGAGGUGUUUCAGCCGAUGGAGAACUACAGUAAGGCUCGGACGGUGGAGCAGCCGUCUGUCUGUCCGUUCCCCGGCCUCCCCCCCGACACGCCGGAGGUCCACGUCAAAGACGGCAGCAAGAUCCGCAACCUGCUGCGCUACGCCCUGAGCCGUGUGGAGGCCAACCCCCGAGCGCCUGAGGACGAGGGACGCCCCGCGCCGGAGGAAGGAGGCGUGGCUGUGGAGGGACAACAGGAAGCGAAGGGCCGUCCGCUCUGCAAACAGAUUGUCUUCACGGCGACCGGGAAGGGCGUGUCCAAAGCCAUAACGUGUGCCGAGAUCGUGAAGCGGCGCGUGAAGGGGCUCCACCAGCUCACCAGGCUGCUGUACAGCACCGCGGUGGAGGUGUGGGAGCCGCUGGAGCCCGCCGCCGGCCUCGACAGCCUGACGGUCAGCAGGAACGUGCCCGCCAUCUGGGUCCUCCUCUCCAGAGAGCCGCUGGACUGCAGCCAGCCCGGAUACCAGGCGCCGGGACGCUACGACGCCCUGUGGGCUCAGUCCGCCAGCAGGGAGGAGGGCGGAGGGUCCGCCGGGCAGAGACCGGGACACAAGAGGAAGAAAGGAGGAGGAGGUGGAGGAGGAGCAGGAGGUGGCAGAGGGAGAGGACCCGGACGUCAGGCUGGACGGUCCAGAGAACCGGCUAAAGGCCCGAGCUGACGGAGCUGUAAACUGUAAAGACUAAAACGAUGUGAGACAUUUCGUGGACACUUUGGUCCGAUCAGCGUCCGUGUUUCCAGGCAGACGUUAGUUUGUGUUAGCCGUUGUUUCUUUAACCUGAAGAGACUUCAACCUUUUCCCUUAAAGGACUUUAUCACUGAGUGAACUGACUUUAUUCAACACACACAGAACAGCUGGAAGUUUUUAGAUUAUUUCUUAUGAAAACUUCUUUUUCUGAUAUUUUUAGAAUUUGUUUUUGCUUCUUUCUUCUUCUCCCUGAUGUUUGGCCGUUGUACUAAUGCAGUUUGUGUUCAGAUAUUAAAUAAUUCACUGUGAGUUAUUUUAAGUUAAACAUUCUUAAGUAGUUGUAACUUUUUUUUUUCACAAUACAAAUAAAAAAUUCUAAAUAAAGACAAUGUCACUUAAAAUUGACAAAUAUAAUUUUAAUGUUAAAUGAACUUGAAUAAAUAUAUUGUUGAUGAGUAAAAUAUAUAUAUUUUCCAAGAAGAACUUGCGACCCCUCCAUGAAGCUUUGGUGACCCCUAGUGGCGUCCCGACCCCCAGGUUGGGAACCACUGACAUAAGCAGCAUAAUAGAAUUAAUUAAUUGAAUAUUAAUCGCGAUUACAAUCUCUGCUUCCCAUGAUUAAAUGAAUGUGAUAAUAAUAACCGAACAUUUCCUGCUGCUGCACCUUCACAUUAAAAGCAUUUAGCUGCCGGAUAA